UACAGUACCAAUCAUCUCCAGCACAACAAUAUCAGAGUUUGUUUGGGAAAGCUGCGUACUGUAUCCUCUAAUUUUUUUCAUUCGGAAACAAACUCAGUCUGGUACAAAAUGGCUUGCCCGACAUCCCUAUUAGUGGUGACAUUACUCAUCCUCGGUAUGGUUGCGUCUAAUCCCGCUGCCGUUGUCGUGCCGAUAGAAGCAUCCGGGUUUACACGUAUUAUGGCUACUGGACCAAAAUCACCUUAUGAGCUUCCUCUUCGAUCUAGCAUUAUUCCUCCUUUCAUACUUACUGCUACCGAUAUUGAUCGUAUCGAUGGUGAUCAAGAUGGACGAGUGACCGAUGAAGAAUGGAGACGAGUCUUUAUCAUACUUCUUGCUCUCUACGAUUCAGAUGGAGACGGGACAUUGUCCAUUUCAGAGUUCCAGGCUCACAACUUGACUCCACCUGACCCUACUACUCGCCUGAUCCCACCCCCAUCCAAGCAAAAGAAUGCAUUAAUAGACUUCAAAGGUCAGCUUGGACGCGAACACGAUCAUCUAAACAGAAAGAAGGAACAGAUGAAUCGACAACGAGAUCGAAACAAUCCCCGACAUCAUCAUCGUGAUCGACAAGAGCAAAGGAUGCAACCAUGGAAUGGAAGGCCAUAAAAAGGCACCACUCAAUAUCCUACAGCAUAUACAGAAUUAUAUCACGAAAAAACGUACAAUUUACCUGAAUUAUUAUUAUUAUUAUUAUUAUUAUUUUUU